UAUUUUUUUAUUUUUUUUAAGCAAGCGAAGAAUGCCAGCACAGCAGAUAUUUCCUUUGCUCUUACGCCAACACCCAACUAUCCUAAAACAAUCAAAUACUAUUUAAGAGUGAUGAUGAUGAUGAUGGUGAAAAUAUUGAAUGAUGAAUAUGACUCCUUUUUUUUUUUCUCUCGCCACAUCCUACAGAACAAAAUAAAUGAAUCAACAAGGCUUAAAAAAGUCAAGAAAUACAUAAAAAAUUCCAAAAGCAUCUCUGCCUUGUAAGACUAAGAAGAAAGAGGGAGGCAUUGAGAGGAUCAAAAAGGGGAGCAGUUGUCAGAUUAGGGUUAUUGUACAGAAAAAGAAAAAAGAAAUUACCCACCCAUUCAGACAACCAACCCAAAAAGAAUCAAUCUGAAUUUGAUUCCCCUCCUCCUCUUCACCUCAAAAACCGCCAUGGUGGAAGAUCAAUGUAUAAUACGAAUCUUGUUCGUUGAUUUUUUUUUUUUUUUAAUUUUUUAAAGGAUGGGUUGUUGAUGCAAUAUGAAGUUUCGGAUCGAUUCUUGAAUGGCGUCCGCUUGCAUCGUGACGGCGAAGUGGUGCUUACUAUUCUUUGUGAUUUUUGAAAGAAAUAGAUGCUCCUCUUAUAAGGAUUCCCAGUUUGAUUUUAAUGGUGGGUUCCGAUUAGAUUUUAGCAUCAACCGUCCCUUCAAGUAUUAAAAUUGCAAACUUUUUUUUUUUUUUGGGUUUUGGUUGAGAAAUUUGUAUAAAAAAUGGAGGAUGAGGCAGUUUUUGGUCAUGGGACUUCCCUGAAUGUAGUCAGGGAAGAAGAUGAAGAAGAGUUUCGGAGUUGCUGCGAAGAUGAGGAGGUGUGGAAGGAUAAUGAAGAACCGCUGAAAGGUGGUGAGACAAAUGAUGAUCUUGAUGAAUUUUCUGUGAAGAUGUUCUUCAAGGGCAUUUCAAUAUCUGGGUUUGGGGAUUCAAGUUCUGGACUUUCAGGAAUUGGGGUGUUCAUUGAACGAUCAUCCGCUCUAUCUGCUAUUCAGGUCCAGAAAAAGCUUGAUUUUUAUGUGGAGGAGCCUGUGGCAGACUAUUUGGCUCUAAUGGAUGGGCUAAUGGAGGUUGCACAGAAUAAUAUUCGUCGUGUAUAUGCUUUCACAGACUCUGAGCUGCUAUAUGAUCAGAUAACAAAUGAGAAGAAACUUGAGACUCCGCUUCUAGUUGCUCUGAGGCAAAGGAUACUAGAACAUGCUAGUAAUCUUGAAGCUUUUGUUCUGAAAUUUGUUCCCUGUGCUGAUCUUGAGAGACCAUUGAAACUAGCAAAAGUGGCAAUUGGGGUCGUCUCUUUUCCUGAAAAGGGGAAUACCUCAUUUGAAAAUUGUUCGAUCUGUUGUGAAGACAAACUUUCCUUAAUGAUGAUCACUCUGAAAUGCUCGCAUAAGUUCUGUUCUCAUUGUAUGAGAACCUAUGUUGAUGGAAAAUUACUGUCCUCCCAGGUCCCUACCAGAUGUCCUCAGCUGGGAUGCAAGUAUUGGAUCUCCAACACUGAGUGCAAAUCUUUUCUUACAUCCACUUCCUACGAAUCUCUGGAGAAAGCCCUUGCAGAAGCUAAUAUUUUCCAUUGUGAUAGAAUUUACUGCCCAUUUCCAAAUUGUUCUGUCCUCCUUGAUCCUCGUGAAUGUUUAUCAGCUAGGGCAAGUUCAUCAAGUCAAUCAGACAAUAGCUGUAUUGAGUGUCCGGUUUGUCAGAGAUUUAUUUGUGUGGAUUGUGUGGUGCCUUGGCAUUCUUCAAUGAGCUGUGAAGAGUACCAAAGCCUCCCAUUGGAAGAGAGAGAUGCUUCAGACAUUACCUUGCAUCGCCUGGCACAAAACAAAAAGUGGAGGCGUUGCCAGCAAUGUCGAAGAAUGAUUGAGCUUACUCAAGGUUGUUACCACAUGACAUGCUGGUGUGGGCAUGAGUUCUGUUAUUCUUGUGGUGCGGAAUAUAGGGAAGGUCAACAGACUUGUCAAUGUGCUUUCUGGGAUGAAGACAAUUCUGAAGACUUGGUAACCCAAUCUAUGCAAGAAUCGGAGCAAUGGGCAUGGGAAACAUUCAAUUCACUCCCCAUGGUCAUGGAUGCAUACUCAGACCAAGAGAGGUCACAGCUUGCACUAAUCCAGAGGUUCCUUGCGGGGGGUUUCAGUCUGAGCGACCAUCACCCUUACCAAUCCCCGCCUCGUUGUACAGAUUCCUAUGUAGAUGCGAUGAAAGAUCUCAAUCAGCUGCCUUGGCUCGAGAGAUUUGUUUCCGUCAUAAGUGACAACUACUAUGAAGACUAUAUCCAAUGAAACCUAGUAUAGGACUAUUCUGAUAAUAUAAAAAAGAGCUGGUUAUAAGCUCCUCAGCCUUACUUGUGUGGAGGUGAAGAGUUUCUCACUCCUGCUACUCCAUUUUCAAUUUACACAGACCUGCCAAAUAGCCCUCUGUAGUUCCAUAAUCAUUUUAUGUUAGAAGAAUUGCGACCGUGAAGGUCCAUGCAUAAGAUGAGAAGGAAGGAAAGACAAUGGUUGAUGAUGAUGCUUUCUUCUUGAAAGAAAGAGUUGAUAGGAGAUUUGGAAGUUGAUUAAAUUGAAACGACAUUUAUCAUGUUGUAAAUUUAGAAAGAAAGAAAGAAUGAAACAAACAUUUUCCAUUUAAUCUGCUCUCUUCCAAGUAAGUUGGGGGAAAAUAUCCAUUCAAAAUUUUGAGUUACCUUUCUUUGAUCUUUCAGCAUAUCAAAAUAAUACAAUGGCAUAACAAUGUUUAUAUAUUUCAUAAAAAGUAUUAUUAUUAUUAUUA